AUGGCAGCCCAUAAGCUCGAAGCCCUUUAUCUUCCUCCUGAAUCAACCUCUUUAUCGCGAUUCAAAGACCAAGUGAAUGCAACGCAUGGUCUUUCCCUUUCCAACUACCACGAUCUGUACCGGUGGUCAACUGAAAACAUCGCCGAAUUCUGGUCGGAUGUAUGGGACUUUACUAAUAUCAUCGGCCAGAAGGGCUCCCACGUUAUAGACCAAGAAGCAGCAAUUGCCCACAAUCCACUUUGGUUCAAGAGCGCUGGGAUCAAUUUCGCCGAAAAUAUGUUGAGUUGUCGAUCAACUGAGAAAGUCGCUCUCAUCCAAGCCACUGAGCCCACGCCGCUCCAUCCCACCCCUGAAUUCCGCCGAUGCACCUAUGCCGAGUUGUACGAGCUUGUUGCUGAGCUUGUGUCUUCCCUCUUAGCCAAUGAUAUUAAACCCGGUGACCGCAUCGCCGCCUAUAGUUCCAAUUCUAUCGAGACUGUAGCCCUUUGUCUUGCUACGACCGCAAUCGGUGCUAUCUGGGUCAGCGCGGCAGCGGACUUUGCUCCCGCCGGUGUGGUAGAAAGAUUCGAGCAAGUCCAGCCGAGGAUAAUCUUCGCCGUCAGCGCGGUCGCCUACAACGGCAAGCUUCAUGACCAUAUUCCAAAGGUCAAGAGCCUUCUUGCUGAACUUUCUGCCAAGUCGGUUCCUUCCCCAAAGGUGGUAAUCAUGAACUCUUUGCCAUAUGCGCAAGACAAAUCUGCGUGGCAAGAGGGCUGGAUAGGCUACCCAGACUUCAUUCGGCAAGGCAAAGCAGAGCGACGUGGACUUACGGUCUCCGGGGAAAUUCUUUGGCACCGUACCUCGUUCAACUGGCCACUGUGGAUUCUUUUCUCCUCCGGGUCAACAGGCCGGCCUAAGGCGAUCGUCCAUCGUGCUGGCGGUAUGCUUCUGCAGUCCAAAAAAGAGCUAGCGCUUUGCGCCGAUCUACAGCCCAGCGAUAUUUUCUUCUACUACACAACAACCGGCUGGAUGAUGUGGAACUUUCUGUUAGGUGGCUUGGCUGUGGGUUGCACCCUGGUUCUCUAUGACGGUAGUCCGCUCCGAGAUCCCGCCUUGUUGUGGAGACUGACCGACGAGCUGGGAAUCACCAUUUUUGGCACCAGUGCGAAAUACAUCGAGCAUCUGGCUUCUAAAGGGUACAAACCGUGCGAACACCACGAUCUGAAGACUCUCCGCCAUAUAUAUUCCACUGGCAGUCCACUAUCGGCCGCCUUAUUCGACUAUGUUUAUCAAGACAUCAGUGCGAACGUACUAUUGGGCUCCAUUACUGGCGGAACGGAUAUAUGCUCUCUCUUCGCGGGAAUGUGUUCCGCUUUACCGGUCUAUCGGGGAGAAAUCCAAUGUAGACUGUUAGGCAUGGCGAUUGAGAGCUACAGCGAAGACGGCAAGUGCAACCCACCGGAUGUAGCGGGAGAGUUGGUGUGUCUAAAACCGUUCCCAUGCAUGCCUGCUGGUUUCUGGCCCUUGGAGGGUUUUUCAGACGACAAAGCCGUAGCUGCGGCAAAAGCACGCUAUCAUCAAGCUUACUUUGCUCAACUGGAGGGCGUAUGGUACCACGGAGAUCAUAUCGUCAUAACAAGCUCGCGGCAAGGGAAUGGGGGUGGAGUAGUCAUGCUAGGUCGUUCAGACGGCGUAUUAAAUCCCGGGGGAGUCCGGUUCGGAACUGCCGAGCUUUACGACGUGAUAGAAGCAGCUUUUGGGACGACCGGGAAAAUCGUCGACUGCCUUGCUGUGGGUCAAACCAUUAGUGACUCCGAUGAGAGGGUUGUGCUGUUCGUGAAGCUCCCAGAUGGUCAGGUGUUGGAUCAGACACUAGAGAAGACUAUUAAAGACGAGGUCCGUGCGAGGCGAAGCGCGCGACAUGUUCCCGGAAAGAUUGUGCAAGUGGGAGAUAUACCCUACACCGUAAAUGGCAAGAAGGUGGAGGUCAUCGUGCGAAAAAUAAUCAAUGGAGCAUCCCCCUCCAUCGUUAAUCGUGCAACUCUCGCCAACGAUUGCUUGGAGCUUUAUGAACAGCUGGGAGUUCAGCUCCGGGCCGAAUAUCCAUAA